AUGCGACAGACGCAGCUGCUGUCCCGAAGUUGGACCUCAACACUCAAGCUCCCCAAGUCCACAUUCCCCCCACGCGUAUCGCCAGCCGACAGGACCAAAUACCUGAAGCGAAGCACCGACGAGCUCUACGCCUGGCAACAGCACGAACGACCCGCGUCGAAGCCCUUUAUCCUACACGAUGGCCCACCAUACGCAAACGGCGAGCUGCACAUUGGCCACGCACUGAACAAAAUCCUCAAGGAUAUCAUCAACCGCGUCCAGUUGGGCCGGGGGAAGCGCGUGCGCUAUGUGCCCGGGUGGGAUUGUCACGGGCUGCCCAUCGAGCUGAAGGCCCUUCAAGGGUUACAGCAGAUGGGUGUGGCGGAGGAUUCGAUGAGCCCUGCGGUGAUCCGCAAGUCUGCGCGGCAGCUUGCUCGGCAAACGGUCAAGGGGCAGAUGAAGGAAUUCAAAGGGUUUGGAGUGAUGGCGGAUUGGGAGGGCCAUUGGAAGACGAUGGACAAGGCGUUUGAGAUGCGACAGCUGGCGGUCUUUCGGGAGAUGGUUGACCACGGCCUCAUCUACCGCAAGUUCAAGCCGGUGUACUGGUCACCGUCGUCGGGGACUGCCCUUGCGGAGGCUGAGUUGGAAUACAAGGAUAAACAUAUGUCGACAGCGGCUCUGGUUAGGUUUCCACUGGUCGACAUGCCAGCGCAUUUGUCAAAGGACCCGUUGAUUGAGGGAAAGGAAGUCAGCGUGGUUAUCUGGACUACCACGCCCUGGACUUUGCCUGCCAAUGCGGCCAUCGCAGUGAGUGAAUCGCUUGAGUACACCAUCGUCCAGUCUGAGGAACACGGCCUUCUGCUUGUAGCCCAGUCUCGGCUCGAGUACCUCCAGUCCAUGCUAGGCGAGGCGGAGCUUUCGGUCAUUAUUCCUUCAAUCCUGGGAUCGGAACUGGCCGAAAAGUGUACCUAUCGAUCACUUUUCAAGGGCCCAGAAGCCAACUCCCAGCCGAUCAUCGGCGCAGGCUUUGUGACCGCUGACUCGGGAUCUGGACUGGUGCACUGUGCGCCGGGUCACGGUAUGGAAGACUACGAGGCGUGUCUUGCGCGCGGCAUCGAGGUAUUUGCACCCGUUAACGGUGAUGGCAAGUUUACAGAGAAGGCGAUGCCACAUGACCCCACGCGCUUGACCGGCAAGUCUGUCUUGGGAGAUGGCAACCGAGCUGUUCUUGAAUAUGCUGAAGCCCGCGGUCAACUCCUCGCCCAGCACGCAUACGAGCACAAGUAUCCCUACGACUGGCGCUCCAAGCGCCCGAUUAUCAUCCGGGCUACCGAACAAUGGUUCGCCGAUGUGGGUGACAUUCGCGCGAGCGCUCUCCAAUCCCUGGAAGAUGUCCGUUUUGUUCCCGAGGCGGGCAAAUCCCGGCUGGAGAAUUUUGUCAAGAACCGCAGUGAAUGGUGCAUCUCUCGGCAGCGCGCUUGGGGUGUCCCGAUUCCCGCUAUCUAUCACCGGACCACUGGCGAGGCGGUUCUGACCAAGGAGAGCGUGUCUCAUAUUAUGUCUACGAUUGAAGAACGCGGCAUCGAUGCCUGGUGGACAGACAGUGCGGAUGAUCCCGCCUGGAUACUUCCAUCUCUGCGUGAUGACUCGGUAGGAUACCGACGUGGGUUAGACACAAUGGAUGUCUGGUUUGACAGCGGCACCAGCUGGGCGGAGAUCGACGUCCCCCAGGAAGGCCGAAACCACCCAGCCGACGUAUACCUGGAGGGAAGUGACCAACACCGCGGCUGGUUCCAGUCUGGUCUCUUGACCUAUAUUGCCCACCAGCUUGCCUCUGGCAAGACCGAGGGUGCCUCUGCUCCCUUCCAAAACCUUAUUACCCACGGAUUUACCCUUGAUGAGACUGGGCGCAAGAUGAGCAAGUCUAUCGGCAACACCAUUGCCCCGCAGACGAUCAUGGACGGCACUCUUCUGCCUCCUCUCCCGCCACGCAAGGGCAAAGCCAAGAAACAGGCGGAAAACGAAGGUCCGACCUACGACGCCCUGGGCCCUGAUGUACUCCGACUUUGGGCUGCGAGCAGUGACUACACGCGCGACGUAGUGAUUGGCAAGCAGGUGCUUCAGACCGUACACACCAGUCUUCACAAGCUCCGGGUGACAUUCAAGCUGCUGCUCGGUGCACUGGGCGAUUUCCAGCCCGAGCGUGCUUUGCCGUAUCAGGAGCUGCAGCUGGUUGACCGCAUUGCGCUGAAGCAUCUGUCGGACCUGGUGCAGACGACGCAAAAGGCCUGUGAUAACUUUGAGUUCUACAAGGCCGUCAGCACGCUGAACCAAUGGGCCAACCUCCAAUUCUCGGCGUUCUACAUGGAAGCCAUCAAAGACCGACUCUACACGCUGGGCGAGAAUAGCAGCAGCCGACGAGCGGUCCAGACCACUUUGUUCUAUAUCUUUACCCACCUGCAGGAAGUUCUCGCACCCAUCACCCCGCUCCUCGUCGAGGAGACAUGGGAGCACACGCCAGAGGCAAUCCGCUUGCACAACCCCCAUCCCUUGCAGCGGGUCGUCUCUACCCCCGCUCAGGAAUGGCAUGAUACAUCGCUGGACACGAGACAUCUGGAAAUUACCGCAGUGCACUCGGUGAUCAAGCACCUGCAAGAACAAGCCCGACGAAAGAAACAACUCGGCUCGUCGCUGCAAUCAUUCGUGCACGUAGCUCUCCCCCGCGACACAAGCACCUCCACGACCUUCCACGAGCACCUCUCAGAGCUACCGGAUUUGUUUGUCGUGUCCUCCGUGACCCUCGGCACACCCGGCGAGUCCGUCCCGGAGAUAAGCCAGGCGGAGUGGCAGUACGAGCAGGAGUGCGAGCUCCCCGAUGGCCAGGGCACAGUGUACGUGUACGCGCCCCAAGCAUCCAAAUGUGGGAGAUGCUGGCGGUAUGCAGUUCCGGUGGCAAGCGAAGAGGAGAUUUGCCAGCGAUGCGAAGAAGUGGUAUCGGAGCUCGAGUCUGAGUGA